CCUUAGAUUCAGCAUACACCUACCUGCCGCUGUUGGGUAAUAGCGCUGGAGUUCAAGUUCAACUAGAAAGACCUCAGCAACUGAGUUCCUUAGGUAUAUGUAGCUACUUCAACGACUCUUACAAACUACUUCUUUUAUACAACAUCGGAUCGCACGCAUAUUCCACACAUUGAGAAAGGUCCCAAGAACUUCAUAUUGAUUUCCACAUCACACGACAUAAAUCAACUCCGAAAGCACCCAUUCGAUACCCAGCAAAGUCGUCGACGUCUAUAACUUCUCGGUCACGGCAUGGCCGAUUUCAAGCUGUCUGUGCAGCUUGUCGGCCAUAGCGCUGAUGUUCGACACGUCUACUUCGCUGCCCCAAAUCUCAUCCUCUCUGCCGCCAGAGAUUGCACCGUCCGCGCCUGGAACCAAACCAAUACAUCCCCACCGACUUAUGAGCCCUCCGUCACUACCCAGGGAUCCGAGUUUUAUAAUAGUUUAACAUAUUUACCACCUUCGUCAGAUCAUCCAGACGGCCUCGUCAUCGCCGCCGGUACCGACACAAUCAUCGACGUCAGAAAAGCUACUUCAUCCCCCUCAGACAAUGCCGAACGCCUUCUCAUCGGUCACGCCCGCAAUGUCUGUGCCUUAGCCGCUAUUCCCGGCGGAAAGUAUAUCGUGUCGGGAAGCUGGGACAAAACCGCGAGAAUCUGGAGCAUCAAUAAAUGGGAGACAGAAGCUAUCCUAGCCGGGCAUGAGGAAGCAGUAUGGGAUGUUCUCCCACUAGACGAAACAACCGUAAUUACCGCCUCUGCCGACAAAAAUAUCCGUAUCUAUGAUCUCCGAUCCGUCGUUGGCGGCGAGGUUCAACCUAAAUCCACCAUCUACACUUCUGACGUCAUCCGAGCUCUCUGUCAGGUUCCAAAAGGCCACCCGAGCGGUGCUGAUUUCGCAAGUGCCAGCAACGACGGAGUUAUUCGCCUGUGGAAAUUGAGCGGCCAAAUGGUUGGUGAGCUUCAUGGUCAUGAAAGCUUCAUUUACGCCCUCGCUACUUUACCUUCCGGCGAACUAGUCAGUUCUGGAGAAGAUCGAACAGUCCGCAUAUGGAGAGGUGCCGAAUGUAUUCAGACCAUUACCCACCCUGCCAUAUCAGUCUGGUCCGUCUCUGUCUGCUCCGAGAAUGGAGACAUAGUGUCAGGAGCCAGCGAUGGCGUUAUUCGCAUUUUCUCUCGCAGCCCAGAACGUUUGGCCAGUCCGGACACUCUAGCGCAAUUCGAUGAAUCCGUAAAAUCAUCCUCCAUACCGCAGCAGCAAGUUGGCGGGGUAAACAAGGAGAAGCUUCCCGGACCCGACUUCCUAAAGAACAAGUCAGGAACCAAGGAAGGACAAGUACAGAUGAUAAUAGAAGAGGACGGUUCCGUUACAGCCCACCAAUGGUCAAUGGGUCAGCAGCAAUGGAUCAACGUAGGCACAGUCGUCGACGCGGUGGGCAGCAGCGGACGUAAAGUAGAAUAUAACGGCCAGUCAUACGAUUACGUUUUCGACGUGGCCAUCGAAGAAGGUCAGCCGUCAUUGAAGCUACCAUUUAACCUCUCCGAGAAUCCAUACACCCGAGCUCAGAAGUUCAUCGACGACAACGAACUUUCCCAGAACUUCCUAGAUCAGGUUGCACAGUUCAUCGUUGCCAACACGCAAGGAACCACGAUUGGGCAGGGUGCGGAAGGCCCAAGCGGACCGGACCCGUAUGGCACUGAAUCGCGAUACCGGCCUGGUGAUAGCCUCUGCGAUUCCAGGACCAAAGCUCUUCCACAACGAGAGUAUCUCGAUAUUACUGCCGCAAAAUAUGAGCCUAUAUUCAAAAAGAUCCUCAGUGUCAAUUCUGCUUUAGUAGCCGCAGGUCGCAAGGAUCAUUCUUUAAACCCACCGGCCCAAGAGGUACUAUCGGGAGUCAAGCAAAAAGUGGAAACGAACCAACCCAUGACGGAUGAAGCCUCGGUCAAUCUAGUCGCCAUGAUGUGCACACAAUGGGAUUACUCGGAUCGGCUAGCACCUCUCGACUUACUACGAUGCAUAGCAACGUCACCAGCCACUUCUAAGUACAAAUCCUCGAAAUUUGACAGCCCAAUACAGCUAGUUAUAUCUGCUGCCCUAGAGGGUGUACCAAUCGGCGGGCAACCCAACGAGAAUUAUGCUAUGAUGGCGGCUCGGACAAUUGCCAAUCUAUUCAAAUCUGCCGAAGGUCGAAAACUCUUCUCACAGCCUUCAGAGGGCCUUCAUGUCGUGUCAUUCAUCGAUCGGGUGCUAGGUAUCGGCGGCGAGUCUGCGAUCGGUCCUUACAAUCGCAACCUGCUCAUUGCGUUGACAACAGUGAUGAUCAACUUUGCUGUACUAGCAUCUAGGGAGCCCGGAAGAGUGUCUACAAACGUACAAGUCCGUUUGCUAACAGCGCUAGCUCGAAUUCUCCAGAAACAAACUGAAGGAGAAGUCGUGUUCAGGGCACUCGUCGCUGCGGGUACUCUCAUCACCGUGAUUGGCAAGACUACUCCCGAAGCGAAGAGCCUAUCUUCGCCUAUAACGUUAAGUAAAGACCGUGUUUCAGAGGCAAGAGUGAAGGAGAUAGCGGACGAAUGUUUGGCGCUAUUGAGGUGAUCGAUUUCAUAUGGCGUCUUGCCCCAUAGAUAAGUGUGAUCUGUCGCGCGAGUCAUUAACUUGGCUGCGCCAGACGAUCGGGUAUCAACGUUGAUAUCUCUUAGUACACAAGACUCCCGUCUC